AUGGCGGAAAUGGGGUAUGAUGUCAUUCUGGCGUGUCGUAGCAAAACACGAGGGGAGGACGCGAUUCGAAGAUUGAACACGAUGAUCCCAGACGCCAGGUGCCAGUUUAUAAAGUGUGAUCUUGCUUCUUUGGAGUCCAUUCAAAAUUUUGUCGAUGAGUUUCACGCAACGGGGAAACCUCUACACGUACUUUGCAAUAACGCUGGGUUGACAACACAGAUGAUCGGCCGUCUUGAAACGGACGACGGCUUCGAAAUGACGAUGGGCGUCAACCAUCUUGGUCAUUUUCUAUUAACACAUUUAUUAUUGGACGAUUUAAAAAGAACAGCUAAGGACUGUGGAGAAGCCAGGGUUAUUGUUACUACUUCCAAACUUCACGAUCCCGAGAGCAUGGGCGGAAGAAAAGGUCCCAAAGCCCAUAUGGAUUUUCAAAACUUACAACUAGACAAACAGGGUACGUUCAGCGGUGUACUAGCAUACAAGAACGCUAAAUUAGCAAACGUCCUAUUUACAUACGAACUAGCGAGACGACUGCAUGGAACUGGCGUAACGUGUAACUGUUUCCAUCCAGGGUUUAUUGCAACGACUGAAUUGUUCAGACAUUUCGGGUGGCCAUUCAAAGCUAUGAUGUAUUUACUCUCUCCGUUAUUGAGAUGGUUCGGGGCGAUUCGUUCGCUACAGCAUGGCGGAGAAAUGGUGUCAUUCCUCGCGACAGAUCCAAGUCUCAAAGGAGUCAGUGGUAAAUACUUUGAAAACUUUAGAGAAGAAUCAAGUUCGACUGAGUCGUAUGAUGAAAAUGUGGCAACGAAAUUAUGGAAGAUCAGUGAAGAAUUGGUUAAACUGGAAGACAAGCGGAAAAUAUGA